AUGCCCCAGAUCAUGCCGUCCGAGUUCUUGGGCGAGCCAGGCCUGGACGCGGAGAUCAUGGUUGGCUUGCCGCAGGACCAUGCCAGCUCCAACUCUGGAGAGUAUAGCAACGAGCACAACGGAGCACCGUUGGGGGAACCAGUGGCGCAUCAGAGAUCAAGCAGUGCAGAAGAACAUGAAAAAUCAGCACAGAGGGCUGCGCGUGUGGCUGAGAAGAACAGGAGGGCUCAAAAGAGAUUUCGAGAGAGGGAGAAGAUGAAGAAGGCCACGUUGGAGAGCCAGGUUGCUGAGCUCACCACGAAGCUAGCAGCGUUGUCCCAGGAGAAGAACAGGCUAGAAAACAGAAACAACAUCCUUGAAAAGGUAGUGAAGCUCAAGGACGAGUACAUCACAGAUCUGGAGAGCAAGGGGCCGAAGUUGGAAUUGCCCCCGGCACAGAGCAAUUUGAAUGAGGCACUCCAUGACUUCUACAAAGUGGUCAUGGAGGGCCCAUGCCCGCACAACGAUGGCGGAAACAUCCCGAUGUCUGCUAUCCAGAAAACGCACAAGGCUUACAUCGAUGCGCUGGCCAAAGCACUGGUGGAGGGCGCUGAGGAUCCCACCAGGCCGGCGCACAAGAGGAUGUGUGACCUCGUGCGUGCAGACCGGGCAGUGAUGGCGCGGAUAGGCCUCCUGAGCGACAAGUUGUACAUGAUAGUUGCCUCGCAGCAGGUCAUGCCGCUCGACAAGCCAAUCGGCAGGCCGGAUAUGCAGCACUGGAAGGGUGUCCUGGAUACGGUGAAUCUGUCUAUGUCCCAGAAGGAGGCGGUCCUGGCGGCCAGGCAUGAUUUGCUCUCGCGCAUGGGCUCUAUUGUCGCUGACAGGCAGCCCCUCGUGCAGGGAAUUGCAGCCAAUGCUGAGGGAGGCGACUUCUCCAAGCAGUAUGAGAGGCGGGAGAUGAUUGAGCAGCUCCAGAACAAUCUCAAGGAGGAGUACCGCGCUGUGUUUGAUUUCGAGGUCGCGCUCUAUCAGACGAUUCUCAAGCCGCUGCAGCAGGCGCGCAUGCAGGUGGCGUCCUACCCGUGGCCGGUGGACUCGCUGGCCAUCUGCGGCCUCAUCGCGGCCGAGCGGCAGUCCCGGGAAGCUGGCGGCAGCUUCGAGGAAGGCGCGCAGCAGAUGGAGGCUGACUACUCGUCCCUGCUCACCGGCCUGCCUGAGAAAAGCCCUUUCCGCAUGCUCGCCGCCCCCAUGCCGGUCCUCUGA